AUGACGAUUUCGGAGACCGUCGCAUCAACGACGGCCAGUGGGAGCCAUGGUCCGGUGCCGGUGCCUCCAAAGGCAGAUACUCAAUCUCAUGAGGGCAGCAGUGAUUCCGCAGCUCUCGAGACUGACAUGCUCAUCAUCGGCGCAGGUCCUGCCGGGGCCUCACUGGCUUGUUUCCUCGCAUCAUACGGACUCAAGGGAAUCAUGAUCAGCGCAAGCCCCUCGACCGCAGAUACACCGCGAGCUCAUAUCACAAACAUGGCAGCUCUGGAGUGUCUCCGUGAUAUUGGUUUGGACAGAGAGCUUCAAGCGAUUGCGACACAGGGUCAUUGCAUGCAACACACGCGUUGGUGUUAUAGCAUGGCGGGUGAGGAGUUUGCGCGUAUCCCUUCAUGGGGAAGUGACCCCAGAAGAAAGGGUGACUACGAACUCGCGAGCCCCUGCAACCCCGUCGACAUACCACAAACCGCAUUAGAACCGAUCUUGGUUCGAUACGCAGCACACCACGGCUUUGUCGUGAGAUUCAACACCAAGCUCGUAACCUGGAGCAGGGAAUCUUCUCCCGAAGGGAGGUACUUAGCCACCGUCUGGGACAUGGUUUCCAAGACCCACUACUCCAUACGGACAAAAUACAUCUUUGGCGCAGACGGUGCUCGAAGUCUCGUCGCAAAGACACUCCAACUACCUCUGGUAGCAAAGCCUGGCGGAGGCCUGGCCAUCAACGUUCUCGUCAAGGCCGACCUCUCUCAUCUAAUGGACCACCGAAAGGGCAACUUGCACUGGUUGAUGCAGCCCGGGGUAGACCAUCCCAGCUUCGGCUGGAUGGGCAUCGCGAGGAUGGUGAAGCCGUGGUUCGAGUGGAUGUUCAUCCUGUUUCCGGACAAGGACUUUGACCCGUCGGCUGAGGUGACUGAAGAGGCGUACAAGAAGCGGGUCAAAGAAUUCAUCGGGGACGAUACUGAAGUCGAGGUCCUUUCUGUCUCGAAGUGGUUCGUCAACGAUAUUGUUGCCGAGAGAUACUCAGAGGGGAACAUAUUCUGCCUCGGCGACGCAGGCCAUGCCGGUGCCGCCCUCCUUGAAACCUACAGCGUCGAACGGCAGCCCGUCGGUCUCGGGAUCGUUGCCCGCGCCAACGAAGCCUUCCGAGACCACUACGCCGUGUGGCAGUCCCUGGGCAUGCUGGAGAAGACGGCGGAAGAACGCGCCGCUGUCUUUGCGCAGCUCUCGUACACGACGAGAGAGGGGCGGGAGAAGCGUCGCGCGUUCCGCGAGGCUAUUGGCCGGACGGCGCACGAGUUUCAUGGGCUUGGCGUUGAGAUGAACCAGGUUUACUCAGGGCCGGCGAUCUAUGCGGAGGAUGAAGAUGGGCCGUAUGCGCCUUCAGCGCAGGAAGCUGAGGAUCCUGUUACGUAUUACGGUCCUGGUACUUAUCCUGGCCGACGAAUUCCUCAUGUAUGGCUAAAUAGGGCGGUACCGAAGGAGCCCGUUUCAACCAUUGAUUUGGCUGGCAAAGGUGGCUUUACCAUCUUCACCGGUCCCGGCGGAAGUCUUUGGCGCGAAGCGGCUGCUGCGGUUUCGGCGAAGCUGGGUUGCGAGAUCAGGGUCUAUUCCAUUGGUUUCCGCCAGGAUUGGGAGGACGUUUACUAUGAGUGGGAGCGCGUUCAGGGGGUUGAGGAGUCGGGUGUUGUUCUAGUUCGACCGGAUCGCUUUGUGGCUUGGAGACAGAGUGAGGUAUCUGCUGACUUGGACUCGUGUUUCCAGAAGCUCCUGCUGGUGAUGAAGACCGUACUGCUUCGUGUUGAUGCAUGA